GAAGUUCCAGAUUCAAUUUUCGGCCCUGCAGGUGGUUAGGAAAAACUCGAUUUAGGAGCAGCGGUUCCGACAUGUCAAAAUCCCAAACUUGCCACUUACAUCGAAGCCCAAGAAAAUUGGAACACAAUCGCCCUUUGGGUUCAGAAUGGGGAAGCGGUAUUUUUGCGAUUACUGCGAUCGGACUUUCCAGGACAACCUUCACAACAGGAAAAAACACUUGAACGGGGUGCAACAUUUAAGAGCCAAGAAAGUCUGGUACGAUCUCUUUCGAGAUGCUGCAACCAUCUUACAGGAGGAACAGACAAAGAAACCCUGUCGGAAAUUUUUGCAAACAGGCCACUGCGAUUUUGGCUCCAACUGUAGAUUUUCUCACAUGACGGGGGUAGAUCUGGAGAAGCUGAACAUGCAGGUACAAGAGGAGAGGAGAGCGAAAGAGCAGCAGCAGGAUGGCACAGUGCUCCCAGCGGGCACCAUCGAAGAAUGGUUGGAGAAACGCGCCAAGCGGCUACGGGCAGCUCAGAGAGACAGUCCUCUUUCUGAAGAAGAAUUGGUUUUCCAAUAUCCGCCAGGUUGGCCCCCGGUCCAGGAACUGCCACCCUCCCUGAGAGCGCCCCCUCCUGGCGGAUGGAUGAUCCCUCCGGGUCUCCAUUGGGGCUGAGAGCGGCGGGAGAUGAACCGACGGACCAUGUCUGGCUGCGGAUUCUUGGCGGGCCCUCUGGAAGAAAACAAAGAGAAUUUCGCCGAAGACAUUUCCAGAAAUUCCUGCACCGCCGCCGGCUAAUUUAGAAAUUGCAGGAAGGAUACCGAAACCGAAGCACAUCCAAGGACCGAACAAACCAUUAGAAUAAAUUUAUUUAAAUGGUCUCCGUUAAUUACUCCCAGCGCCAGGGGGCUUCCCUCGAUCUGCGGUGCUGAGCCGGAGCAGCAAGGAUAGUCUCCGAAAUUCAGCUUAACCGUAUUUUUCAGACUAUAAGGCGCACCUAAAUUUAGAAGAGGAAAAACAACAAUAAAAAGUUUUUGGCCUCGGCGCACCCCAUUUUCGGCCCAUUUUUGAGGCGUUUUUCGGCCCAUUUUUUGGGGG